AUGGGCAACCCUCUCCCUCAUUCCCCAGCUGCCCCAGCCCUUAGCUGGGCAAACAUGCCAGAAAUCCCAGAACCUUGGGAAUUGCUCGAAUCUCCGCAAGUCUGGGUAAACGGCGAGAAAAUACCUGGCAAUUUGAUUUACAACAACACAUCGACACCGUCCUGUGACUUCCAGUCAACAUUCUCCUCCACGAAUAGUCCGCUGCUGGGCGAGACAGAUACUUUCAAUACCUUCGCCAAUGUCGACUUCUCUCUCCACUCGUUAAUCCCCACAAUUGAAUCACACGGUCGUAUUCCAUCCAUAACAAGUCAAAAGGACCUUGCUAUAAGGAAUGGACUUGGUUCUUUAGAUGCAGUCUAUCAGCAAUCGUCAUCACCUGUUUCCCAUCCCGAAGCAUACACAUCCGAUCACGUCGAGGCCCCUCAGAAGACUCGAGCCAAGGCAACGAAAGAUCGUUCACAAAGGCAUACGACAGUCGGAAGUGAUACUCCUUCUUCACAGGACUCCGAUGAAGAGAAAGUCGCAGAAAGGCGGCGGAAGAAUAAGCUUGCUGCCCGUAAGCUCCGUCAGAAAAAACUGGACCAGGUUUCGGAAUUGGAGGCUCAAUUGGAAGAAGUUAGGAGAGAACGAGAUACUUUGCGGUUAAGAGCUGCAAAGUCAGAAGGCGAACUCAUGGCACUGAGACAAAUGAUUGACCAACGGUAA